GCAAGUAUAUCGAAAGAUAUGGGGGUCGACUUGCGCUCAGAGCAUUUUGCCGUCAAAGAACUGUGACAAACGAAGAGCCGAGACAGUGAAGUCCUCCCUCAUGCAGAAAUUAAGAGACAGGUUAAGAACUCCUAAUACUGUACAAGACACCGCUACUGGCCAAAAAAAUGCAGCCAAAAUCACCCGGCGGGUUGAAAUGGGAUGGCUCCACUUUGAGAGUGGAAUGUAUCACCAGGUUAGAACGAGAAAAGGAGGAGGAACACGGAAUCUGUCGGUCCAGAAAUCAGUGACUAUGGGUGAACUGUUGGAGACAGGCAAAUGCUUGUUUUUUGCAAAUGGGCAUUCAUCAAAAGGACUGAUAGAAGACUUCGAGUUUGACAUUUGUGAUUACAGUCACAGUCCUGUGCCCCGUGAAGUCACGGUGGGCCAGCUGUACGAACAGACUAAACUAAAAAUGCUACGCGUCUACACAGCCACCAAGUCUAACAACAUUCUACUUCUCUCUGAUGAAUCAUCGGACAUGGAGCCAACACAGAAAACGCCGCUGAAGGCUAGGUCUAGGACAAUGAAGACACGAUCCUUGAGGAACAAGACCAGGAGACUCAAUGAAGUGGAUCAUCCAGAGAGCUCCUCUGAUUUAGAUCUAUCUCCAAGUGGCUCAAUGCAGCAAAACCAUGAACAAAGAAGAGAGACAAUCAGCCAGUCAAGAUCAGCAACUCCUGAGAUGGGUAACACAGAGCUCCUGCAUACACAACCUACUGAGGAUGUUGGCAGUCAUACUCAGCAGUCAACAAGAAGGCAUGGAUCUGAAGAUGACUGUUUAACGCCUGUGCCAAGUCAAGAUGCAGACCAGUUGUUAAGUGAUGUCUCAGAUUCCCCUCUUAAUCCUGCCAUUCAACAAUCUCUUGAGGACUCUGAAGUGAAGUUUGGACCCAUUGUUGGUGAUGAUAGUGAUUCUCAAGACACCACACUUCCCUGGAAUCCACAUGACUUGAGCAGCAUGCAGCAUUCCACAUUCAAUGAUGGUCCUGUAUCAUCAAGCUGUCUUCCAGCAUCACCAGAUCCAUUUGACAAAGAAAUCCUUAUUUUGAAAUUAAGACGAGUAAACAUAGUUGAUGAUGUCCUUAAUGUCUUCAUGGAUCCAAAAGUACUGAAUGCUCGUCUAAGAAUGGAGUUUACAAAUGAGAAAGCUAUGGACAGUGAUGGUGUGUCAAGAGAGGCGUACUCCGCAUUCUGGGACCACUUCUUGGACCAGUGUGAGGGGGAAGAUGAACGAGUACCCAGGCUACGACCAGACUAUUCUGAGAAGAAAUGGCAAGCGCUCGGAAGAGUGUGGUUGAAAGGAUACCUGGACCACAAAAUCCUACCAAUCAGACUGUCACCAGCCUUUGUUCUUGCCUGUUGUAAAGGAGUUAGCUCAGUGGAUGAAGAACUAUUAAUGAUGUCAUUUGCCAGAUUUCUUUCAGAAAAUGAGCGUGUGUCGCUUGAAAAAGCACUACAGGGUACCAUUGAUGAAACUGUUGAGGAGGACUUACUUGAUGUCUUCUCCAGAAUGGGAUCACACUGCCUGCCCCCUAAAAACAAUUUACGGGCUGCUAUUUUAACAAUGGCCCACAAAGCUCUUCUUCAAGAGCCAAAGUUUAUAAUUGACUGUUUCCACUCCAGUGUUCAUAAUGCUAUGCCAACGCUCAUAACCACAGACAACAUAAUGGAGAUAUAUGAAUCUAAGAGGCCAACUAACAAGAAAGUGGCCCAGAUGAUAAAAUUAUCACUUGAAAGCCUAAAUCCACAAGAGCAGACUGCUCUUAACCACCUGCUACGGUAUGUGAGAAGCAUCGACCAAAGAAAAUUGGAGAUUUUCUUACGCUUCUGCACAGGAUCUACUGUGCUGUGCAAAGACACAAUUGAAGUCAUUUUUAACACAUUGUGUGGUUUAAGUCGCAGGCCUGUAGCACACACAUGUGGAGCAGUUCUUGAGUUACCAUGCACUUACAUCACAUACCCUGAGUUUCGCAAAGAAUUUGAUAAUGUCUUGUCUGGUGACUGCUUCACAAUGGAUAUUGUGUAGUGAAUGGAAAGCACAUCUAUCUUCUACACUGAGUUUUGCAUUUGUCUGAUGCAAAACUGUUUCUACAGAUUUUCAUUUAUUGUUCUUAUUAAAACAGAGACCGUUUACAUUUUUAAAAUUGUUUUAUUUUCUUAUUUUUUUCUGUAAAUUGUUAGUACAUUGAGAUUCAUUUUUUUUCCACAAGACAGUUUAAUAAUUUUGAUAAGUCAGCAGGGUCUGUUCUCAUAGGUAAAUGUCCCUUUUUGUACAAUUAAUACAUUUUCAUGUGCAUCUUUUAUACAAUUGUUAUUCUGAAUAAUGUUCAGAAUUUAUGUCAUCAUUCAACAAACAAGUUCAUGUUCAAUGCAAGUACAAUACAUUUCUAAUGGUUGUUCAGUUCUGUUCAUUUCCCUCUUUCAUGUCCUGCCUUGUUUCUCUUUGCAGUCAGUGUGCAUAUAGUGACAUAUCAAUCCUAUUUGCACCUCAGUUUUGCUGCAAAAUGUUCUUAAUGUUUGUGGCAUAGCACUGUUCAAGUGUAGUCAGUGUGGACAUGUUGUAGCUCUGAAUAAUCUGAAUAAAAAUCCAUCUCAAAUUA